AUGGUGGAAAAUGCACAUAGAGCUGCAAUGGGCUUUAUAAAUACAAGUAAAAGACCUGAAUCCAAACAGCGUCAUAUUAUCUUGAAGAUUUAUCGACGUCCCCAGAGAAUGUCAAUCAUUAAGAAAACCAAGGCCGUGUUUGAACAAAGCAAUAUAUUUGUGACAGAAGACUAUUGCCCGGCUAAAAAAAUACGAAAAACUGGUAUUGUAUCUACUUGGAAAGAGUGUCACCAAGCAACGAAUGGAUAUCCUGGAAAUUGUUUUAAAGGAGUUGACACUUACGAGGAGGCUGAACAACAUGUUUUAUUGUAUAACAACAAUGAAAGCAUUUUACGGAAGAAUACACAUUGUACAUCGGACAAUGAAAGCGACGAUUACAGCGAUCAAGAGGCGAGUAUUCCACUUACUGGGUCUACAUGUUUGUCUGAUAAUAGUACAUUUAACAGUAGCAACAACAACAGAUCUGAUGAAUUCUCUGAUAAUGACAACAGAAUUAGAAAUGUGAAAUGCCUUAUCGCAUCGAAGUUGUCCGAUGACGCCAACGGCCACCAUCUUGAAAAACCACGAACAGUGAACCAGGCAAUGAGUACACCACUUUCACACCGCAAAUCGAUUGAAAAGACCGAUUUCGAACUUAUGUUCGAGUCGAUAGAAGAUAAGUAUUUGACACUAGAGAAUAAAUGUUGUUCUUUAGAAGAUAACUUAGCUACACAGGCGACAGAAUUUGACAAGUUUUUUAACGAGGCGAAAGAAAAGGAAAGGAAAUUUGAGUUGGAAACUAAGUCACAAAAAGAUCAAAACUGUGCCUUAUUAUUAGAAAUCAACGAGGUAAAGCAAAUGUUAAAAUCUCUUAGUGAAAAGUGGCAAAACAACUUACUCAAUGUCCAAACUGUGAUAGUGAUAGAGACGAAGAAUAGACAAGACGCCUUGGCUAGAGAAUGGAAGCCUGAUUUUCAGAAUUUGGAAAACAGUCUAAUUUCCAAUGUAAAUAAUCCUAGCAUUGAGUUAUCUAUAGAUUCCAGUGCCUUCAAGUGA